AUGCUCCGUGCUGUCACGAAGAAAUCUCUCAGUCGUAGUCUGAAAGGAGUUCGGACUCUUUCUACGCAGGCAGUGCCCACUACUCAAUCCACGCAAGUGCCGCCCACCCCUCCCCCUGUUCCUCCUGUUCCUCCUGUUCCAAAACCAGCCGCGCCGAAGAAAUCAGGACGUAAGUUUGUCUACACUGUUGGAGCGCUUGCUACUGCUGCAGUGGGUGUAAUUGGUUAUGCCUACGUGGAUCCUGAAUUCAGAAAUAAAGUUGAAACAACUGUUCCUCAAACCAAG